AUGGCAUCAAAUAUUGCACAUAAUGGUUGGCGUGUUAAAAUUGUUUCUAUUCCGACGUCUAUUACCGACGUUCAAUUAGCUCAGAAUAUAGGUCUCCCAAAGUCUCGUAUUUACAUUCCUAAGGUCGGAAAAAAUAAUACCCGUUAUGUGUGGAUUAAUGAUUUUGUUAAUGAAGAAGACGCAAACAAAUUUGCACAACAAUGGUCAGGUUCAUCGAUUUUUGGUGAGACUAUUAAAUGUGUCGUAGCUCCGCCGAGAAAUGACAAGACAGAUGUUCUGUAUUCAUCUCCUGAAUCACUGGUAUCUGGCACCGAAACAUUGCCUAAGAAACAACAUGAAUCUCGAUUUCAAAAGGGAACUAAAGAAAAACGAGAUAAUUGUGGCUCAUCUGUUACCCCUGUACCUCUUAUGUCUGUAAUACAUGAUAUUACAUUGGAUGACGCCGAGAAGAAAUCGAUCACACCACCACCAUCAUAUCGUUUCAAUAAAAAUCAAAACACAUGGCAACAGCAUCACAAACCAGACCAAUUGUCUCAACAAGCAGAAAAAACAUUAGGCAAGUUUUUAUCCAUUAAUUAUUAG